GAUUCACGGACACGGGCUGGAAGAGAGAGGAAAGGGGGUGGCGUAGUCACAGCACCCGCUUCUUUAUCGGGGAAAUUUUGUAUUUACAUUAAUCUAUAUUCUUAUUUAAUUGUUUUGUCCGUUUCGUCUGUGGGGAAGAUGGCGCAGCCAGACAAUAAGAGGUUUUUUGAGAAUCUUACGGGCUCCGGGAAAGCCAUCGCCGUGCUCACGAGUGGCGGGGAUGCUCAAGGUAUGAAUGCCGCUGUGAGGGCGGUGGUUCGAAUGGGAAUCUACGUCGGAGCGAAAGUCUAUUUCAUCCAUGAGGGAUAUCAGGGUAUGGUGGAUGGUGGAGAUAACAUUAAGGAGGCGACAUGGGAGAGCGUCUCUAGUAUGCUUCAAGUGGGUGGCACAGUCAUUGGCAGCGCCCGCUGCAAAGAGUUCCGGGCACGGGAGGGGCGCCUGAAGGCGGCACACAACCUGGUCCAGCACGGCAUCACCAACCUGUGUGUGAUUGGAGGAGACGGCAGCUUGACGGGGGCCAACCUGUUCCGAGAGGAGUGGAGCGGGCUACUGGCUGAGCUGGUGGAGCAAGAGCUGAUCGAUGAGGAUGCCGCUCAGACCUACUCGGCCCUGCACAUCGUAGGGAUGGUGGGCUCCAUCGACAACGACUUCUGCGGAACUGACAUGACAAUCGGAACGGACUCUGCUCUUCACCGAAUCAUUGAAGUUGUGGAUGCAAUCAUGACUACUGCUCAGAGCCAUCAAAGGACCUUUGUGCUUGAGGUCAUGGGAAGGCAUUGUGGCUACUUGGCACUAGUGAGCGCCCUUGCCUGUGGUGCAGACUGGGUGCUGAUUCCUGAGAUGCCUCCUGAGGAUGGCUGGGAGGACAAGAUGUGUCAGAAGCUCUCCGCGAACCGAGCAGGCAUGAAAAGACUGAAUAUCAUAAUUGUAGCCGAGGGGGCCAUUGAUUGCAACAACAGGCCCAUAACGGCGGGCUGUAUCAAGGAUCUGGUUGUCCGUUGCCUGGGCUUUGACACACGCGUGACCAUCUUGGGUCACGUCCAGCGCGGUGGCACACCGUCGGCCUUCGACCGCAUCCUGGCCAGCCGCAUGGGGGUGGAGGCCGUCCUGGCCCUGCUGGAGACCACCGCCAACACGCCGGCCUACGUGGUGUCUCUGUGUGGGAACCAGUCUGUGCGCCUGCCCCUCAUGGAGUGUGUGCAGAUGACCCAGGAGGUGCAGAAGGCCAUGGACGAGAAGAGGUUUGAAGAGGCCGUUAAGCUCCGUGGAAGGAGUUUUGAGAACAACUUGAAGACUUACAAACUGCUGGCUCAUCGUAAGCCAGAAUCUGAGCUGCCACAUAGUGGCUUCAACGUGGCGAUACUAAACGUGGGCGCCCCCGCGGCGGGCAUGAACGCGGCAGUGCGCUCGGCAGUAAGGGUGGGCAUCUCCGAGGGACACAAGAUGUUUGCCGUCAACGAUGGCUUUGAAGGCUUCUACAAGGGACAGAUUAGGGAGAUCAAGUGGGCAGACGUCGGUGGCUGGACGGGUCAAGGAGGCUCUCUGUUAGGAACAAAGCGGACACUUCCCGCUAAACAUGUUGACAAAAUUGCAGAACAAAUAAGGAAAAACAACAUCAAUGCAUUGCUUGUCAUUGGUGGAUUUGAGGCCUACCUGGGACUGUUGGAAUUGUUAGCCGCCCGUGGGAAAUAUGACGAGUUCUGUGUGCCCAUGGUCGUGGUGCCCGCCACAGUCUCCAACAAUAUUCCGGGCUCAGAGUUCAGCAUUGGCGCAGACACUGCGCUGAACGCCAUCACUGACACGUGCGAUCGUAUCAAGCAGUCAGCCAGCGGUACCAAACGCCGCGUCUUCAUCAUCGAGACGAUGGGCGGCUACUGUGGCUACCUGGCCACCGUGGGGGGGCUGGCCGCAGGAGCUGAUGCAGCUUACAUCUACGAGGAGCCUUUUGACAUCAGAGAGCUACAGGCAAAUGUGGAGCACUUGACGGACAAGAUGAAGACCAGCAUUCAGAGAGGACUGGUGCUGAGGAAUGAGAACUGUAAUGACAACUACACCACAGACUUCAUCUACCAGCUGUACUCAGAGGAAGGGAAGGGAGUGUUUGACUGCAGGAAGAACGUCCUUGGACACAUGCAGCAGGGAGGUGCACCAUCUCCAUUCGACCGCAACUUUGGGACCAAGAUAUCUGCCAAGGCCAUGCAGUGGAUCACCAAGAAGCUGACGGAGACAUACAGGCAAGGGAGAGUGUUUGCCAACACCGAGGACUCGUGCUGUCUGUUGGGCAUGCGGCGGCGUGCGCUCAUCUUCCAGCCCGUUGUGCAGCUCAAGGAUGAGACGGACUCCAUCCAUCGCAUCCCUAAAGAGCAGUGGUGGCUGAAGCUGCGGCCACUCAUGAAGAUCCUCGCCAAGUACAAGACCAGCUACGACGUCUCCGACUCGGGCCAGCUGGAGCACGUGGUCCGCAACCGACCCAAAGAUCUGGACGCCUCCACCCUCUGAGCGUCCCGCCCUGCAGGGGCCAGAGGUCAGAGGUCAAAGGUCGGAGGGAAGAAGAAGAAGGAGGAGGCGGGCGGGCGGCGGCGUCUUAGCCGUGAGGCAGACGAUGUGUUUGAUUAGUGUACCGUAACCCAAACACUUGUCAUUUCGUCACUUUGUAAAAUGUCACCCCUCUUUUUUUUUUUUUUCCCCCAACAUUUAUCGUAGGCGAAUGCUAGUGGCCAGUCUUAGGUGAGUCGAGUGUAAUUUGCGCUUAUUGUCUGUUCUCCCAUCCUGCUGCCAUGGAGAUAACACAUACAGUACAUAUACAGUAUAUGUGGGAUCCAUAAACUGCACUUUCUCCUAAGAGGAUAGAUGAGAGGUAGUUCCACCUGUCCGGAAUUGAAGUUCACCAUAUUUAACUGUUCCUAUGAGAUUGAUGCCAUGCUUUCCCAUACAAAAGCACAGUUCAAUGUGUGAAAGUGUUUCAUCAUCUAAAAAAAGAAAAAAGAUUAACGUUGAGUCAUUUGUUUCCUCAAAUAAUAAAUCAUGUGCACAUGACUGAA